AUGGCGUCUCCUUUUCUCACGCCCGGGCCUACCGCUGAGGCUGACUCCCUCGCCGUCCUCCAUCUGCGCCGCGACCAUCUGAUUGCAACGAUCCUCAAGACCCAUGACGACGAGAAUCUUGGGUACGACGAAGGCAAGGUCACAACGACGAGAUUCGGCUCGUUCCCUCAUAGUACGUUGAUUGGCAGCCCAUGGGGGUCUCAGAUCAUUGCGUCAAACGUCGAUACCGGCUCGCGAGGACGCCGGCCCAAGAACGCCAGAGGCUCGAAUCCUCUCAAACGAAAGGCAGCCGACGCGGAUAUAUCAGAGGCAACGAGCGAGAGUCAACCUUCACACAAGGCAGCAGUCUCUGCAUCAAGCGGGUUCAUCCAUCUUCUACGGCCUACGCCGGAAUCGUGGACGAGUUCGCUACCCCAUAGGACACAAGUGGUCUACACGCCGGACAGCAGUUAUAUUUUACACCGGUUGCGCGUUCGACCGGGGAGUACGAUUAUAGAAGCCGGUGCCGGAAGUGGCUCCUUUACGCAUGCAUCCGCAAGGGCGGUAUUCAAUGGAUACCCUCUAGGUACGGACGAUAGCCAACGAGGCAAGGUAUGCAGCUUCGAAUUCCAUUCACAGCGAGUGGAGAGCAUCAGGAAGGAACUACGAGAGCAUGGUUUGGAUGGAAUCGUUCGAUUGAACCAUCGAGACGUUUGCGAAGAUGGCUUUUUACUGGCGGACCGCUCAGUCGAGAAUGAGUCCCCUCGAGCCAAUGCGAUUUUUCUUGAUCUUCCAGCCCCCUGGCUAGCAUUAAAGCACCUGGUACGGGAACCUGCCGAUGGGAAAGUGUCGCCGCUAGACCCAUCUUCGCCAGUACAUAUAUGUACGUUUUCACCUUGCCUAGAACAGGCACAGCAGACGAUCAGUACUCUCAGGCAGCAUUCAUGGCUCUCGAUAUCCAUGGUUGAAAUUGCACAUAAGCAGAUUGAAGUCAGGAGAGAACGUUAUGGGAUGGAGCCGGACGGCAAAAACGGUCCCAUGCCGGGGCCCAUGUGUGUAGACCAGGCGAUUAGCCGACUCAGAACCCACGAGGAACGAGCAAAGGCGUUCCGUGACAGGCAGGUUAAAAAUGCAGCAGAGCAUGCAAAGAAUUCAGCGGCGAAGGGAGAAGGGAAAGAGGGAGUCAACGGUGCCACAGCAGAAAAUAUGGACAUCUCAGAGCCUGUCAGAGACGAACAGCAAACAGAACAAGCAGAGCCUGCAGAAGAAGCAGAACAAGCAGAGCUAGCAGAGCAAGCAGAGUCAACAGAACCAACACCAAUACCUAGCAGGAUAUAUACUGAACGCUCAAAGCCUUCACUUCCUGCAUAUAAACAAGGAAUGCUCAUCCACCGCUCAGAACCCGAACUCAAAACACACACAUCAUAUUUAGUAUUCGCGAUUCUCCCAUGCGCUUGGUCUGAGGAGGACGAAAAGCGUUGUCGAGAGAAAUGGCCUUCAAGAAGCGCUCAUAUUGAAAACAAUGGUCCUCCAAAGAGCAAAAAACAACUAAAACGGGAGGCUAGAGAGGCAAGGAGGGCUCAGGCGGCCCAAUCUACUGCGGAUCAAGAGGAGGCUUCGAAUAACAUCGAUCCUCAGCCUUUGUAA